AUGGGACAGCAACCCCUGCGGGCAAGUAGCCCGCGCUCGCCGCAGCCACCUAAACCCCCAUCCUCCUCUGGCCAUGGCCGCAGACGCAAAAACCAUCGAGCCGGAAAGAAGGCCAGGUCGAGAAGGAAGUCAUUCGCACUGCCCCCGGACGAAAUAGCACAGGACGUUGCCAACUCCUCGGGCUUGGAUGAGGGAAACCGGGGCUUCUAUUUGCAGCCGGGCCGAAAUCUCAGCAACACCAGCUUCGAGAGCGAGGCCUUGUUAGACCACAGGGACCAGCAAUACUUCCUACGGCCACGACGCCCGUCGAUGACGACGACGAGCGCCUCGUUCCCAGCCCCACAGCCGGCCACCAGAUUGAGAGCGAUGGCUAGGAUCGAUGACAGCGAUGAGGAGGACGAGGGUGCCCCUCUCCUUUCCGCCCCGGCGUUCCAGAGAAGCGAGACAAUCACGGGCUAUGGGUCCAAUGAUGCCCCGGGGAACAAUGGGCCUCCAAGCCGCCGCGAGUCGAGUGGGGCGACGAGCAGCAAACGCCAUUCGGUCAGCCCCGAGGCGUUCAACGUCAACUACCCUCCCUCCGUUCCGGGAACCCCUUCCUUCCGGCCAGCGGAACGCAUGAGUAUGAGCUUUGGUGAUGUCUUACUGCGUGAUGAGCUCGAGAACGGCCAGCGGUCGCCUAGGGAGAGUGGAGACGAGCGUGGCAACCAUGGGGCGUUCAUGCCGACGUCGCUGGACCGGAGGAAGACUAUCGCCCUGCAAGCACAGGAAGACGUAUGCUUUCCGCAGGAAGGUCUAUACGACAUUGGCGACGAUGAGCUUCGUCACCGUCGUUCAGCAUCCCGCAUGCGGCCGCGCCGGAGGCGAGGGAAGUGGCCCGAUUUAUCCAUCCUGGACCAAUGGAGCCGCUUUGAGAAGGAAGGGCGGAGCGAGGAGCGGCGGGCAAAGAGUAUCACCGAGCCGCAGCUCAUCAACGGAAGGCUGCGACCUGUCAACGGGCGCUGGUUACGAUCCACGGCCGAGAAGGAGACGCCCUACCGGUUCACCUACUUCAACGAAGAGUUCGAGAGCACCAUCCACAGCCAAACCAUCUCGGAGCUCCUUCAGCCGGGAGGCACUUUUAAGGAGCUCUUUAUCCCCGACCCCCCUCUGCUUUUGGACGAAUCUGACGAUGAAGAGGAAGAGGAGGAGCAGGAAAUGGACCUGCACCGGGUGCUAGGAGGGCAGGUUGGUGACCCACGGAUUCCUUCGGUACAGCCAUCUUUGGCAACGACGACUCAGGGCUUCGCUGGGCGCAAAACCUCUGCUAAUAGCGAGGGGACUGAGGUGGGGUCCGGGGAGCGCAGCCCUUCACGACUGAGGUCUCCAGAGCCGACCAAAUCGUCUCUGAAUGAGAAGCCUGCCAAGCCGCCCAGAUACGGAGACCGGCCCGUGUGGUGGCUGGACGUCCACAGCCCGACCGAGGCCGAGAUGAAAGUGCUCUCCAAGGCGUUCGCCAUCCACCCGCUUACUGCCGAGGAUAUCAUGAUGCAGGAGCAGCGAGAGAAGGUGGAGCUGUUCCGGCACUACUACUUUGUCAACUAUCGGACCUUCGACCAGGACCAAACCAGCGAGAAUUUCCUUGAGCCCGUCAACAUGUACGUUGUCGUGUUCCGGGAAGGCGUCCUGAGCUUCCACUUCUCGGUCACUCCGCACCCAGCCAAUGUGCGUCGGCGGAUCCGCCAGCUCCGAGACUACCUCAUCCUCUCGUCGGACUGGAUCUCGUACGCCAUCAUCGACGACAUUACCGACGCCUUCGGCCCGCUGAUCCAGAGCAUUGAAAACGAGGUGGACGACAUUGACUACGCCAUCCUGCAGAUGCACUCGGGGGAAGACCAAAUCACCAGGGAAAAGAAGAUCACGGAGAAGCCCGAGUCGGCCGAAGUUAACUCGGCCGAGGCGGGGCGCGAUAUGCUCCGGCGUGUUGGCGACUGCCGCAAGAAGGUCAUGUCGCUCUACAGGCUGCUGAGCAACAAGGCAGACGUGAUCAAGGGAUUCGCUAAGAGGUGCAAUGAGCGCUGGGAGGUGGCUCCGAGAUCCGAUAUCGGCUUGUACCUGGGCGACAUCCAGGACCACAUCGUCACCAUGACUGGGAACUUGAGUCACUACGAGAAGAUUCUGGCUCGCUCCCACAACAACUACCUCGCCCAGAUCAACAUCCGGAUGAACGAGAGACAGGAGCAGACGGCCGACGUGCUUGGGAAACUGACCGUGUUGGGCACCAUUGUGCUGCCCAUGAACAUCAUCACGGGCCUCUGGGGCAUGAACGUCUGGGUCCCGGGACAGGGCUAUGAAGGGGAUCUGAAAUGGUUCAUCGCGAUCACUUUGGGACUGCUUGUCUUUGGGCUUGCCUGUUACUUGAUUGCCAAGAGGGUGUACAAGAUUGUGUAG